AUGCGCCACCUAUAAAAUAAAAUGGCGGCCUCCAUGAAAACAAAAUUUUUCAAAAUUUAUUCGAUUUAAACCCAAAUUUUGUCUUUUCUUUGCGUUCAAUAGCACAAGGACAACAUGGCUGCAACGAGUGAUGUUCGUGAAAUCUUGGAACUUCCAAUUGGGGAACCACAGCCAAUGACAAAAGAAGUUCUGCUAGGGGAUGGAAAGAAGAAGAAACCGAAGAAGCCAGAACUCAAUUUCAAGCGUCCUGAGGGCAUGCACAGAGAAUUAUGGGGACUCCUGUGGACCGACAGCAAAGAUGCUCCUCCUAUCAUGCCAACAGAUACCAAUCAAGGGUACAAACAGAUGAAGGCCAAGAUCGGGCGGAGUCGUGUUAGGCCGUGGAAAUGGAUGCCUUUUACAAACCCAGCUAGAAAAGAUGGUGCUAUAUUCUAUCAUUGGAGGCGGGUUGCCGAAGAGGGUAAAGAUUAUCCGUUUGCACGGUUUAACAAGAGCGUUGACAUGCCUGUCUAUACCGAUAUCGAAUACACACAGCAUCUUCAUGAUGAAAGCUGGACCAGGCUUGAAACAGAUCAUCUGUUUGACCUUGCAAAAAGAUUUGACCUUCGUUUUGUCGUGAUGCAUGAUCGCUGGGACCGAGAUCGCUACCCAAAUCGAAGUAUUGAGGACCUAAAGGAAAGAUAUUAUGCUAUUAGCAAUACCCUAGCAAAGGUACGGGCUCCACAAGGACAUGAACCAAAAACCAAAGUGUUUGACGGAGAACACGAAAGACGACGCAAGGAGCAGCUCAUCAAACUCUUCAACCGCACAUCAGAGGAUUUAGAAGAGGAGGAAUAUUUGAACUCGGAGUUGAAAAAGAUCGAACAGCGCAAAAAAGAGCGGGAAAAGAAAACACAAGAUCUCCAGAAACUCAUCACGGCAGCAGAUAGCAAUAUGGAAAAUAGGCGGGCCGAGAGAAAAAGUACGAAGAAAAAACUCCCAAUACAAACAAAGGCACGGGACACUGUCAGUGUUGCUCCUGAGACGACAGGCAUAAAGUUUAUGGAAAUAAAACAGUCUGGUGUUACGUUAAGAAGUCAGCGGAUGAAACUGCCGAGCACGAUUGGUCAGAAGAAAACGAAAGCAUUAGAACAGGUCCUGGAAGAAUUAGGAAUUGAAUUUAACCCAAUACCUACUGACGACAUAGUGCAGAAUUUCAACGAACUUCGUCAGGACAUUGUCCUUCUCUAUGAAUUGAAAUUAGCUCUCGCGAACUGUGAAUAUGAACUGCAGACUUUGCGCCACAGAUAUGAGACACUAGCUCCUGGAAAGUUAAUAGAUGUGGGGCCUUUAAUUCCAUCAGCAACAUCAAUAAAGAUCGAUCCUGAUUUUUCGCCGCCGAAAGGAGAGAAAAAGAUAUCAGAAACUAUAGAUGUAGUUGGCAAUCCUGGUACGCCCAUUUUUUAAUGCUGAUCAUUGAAUGAAAUGUCCAGCCGAGUAAAAAUAAGGAAUAUGUGAGGUGAUGGCUUUUUUGAAUGCCACUGACGUGAUUGAGAGGCAAAUAAUGGUUACGCCAGUUCAAGAAAUACAGAGUUUGAAAAUGAUGAUUGAUAUCGAGAGACUGAUGUGGGGACACUACGAUUGGAUGAUAUGCCAUUGUAGAAAAACGUUUUCUAUUUGAAGAAUGUGGCGUUGUUGAGUGAGGGAACUCUUCCUUCCAGGAAUAUGAGCGUGUGGAGUGAUACUCUUUGGACAAUAAGAAGACAUUUCUGUUUGUGGACUGUGGCAAAUCUUCAUGGUACAUAUGUAUGAUAUGCAGUGAAGGACAUUUGAGGUCCCUGUGGACUGAAAAAACUGUAUUUUUGUUUGAUUUGAGUCGAUUAACCAUCACUUAUCACUGGCAUUUUCAUCAAGAAGCCUCUGGAUGAAAAUGUAAGUAAUAAUUGGGGUUGAUAACAAUAGUACAUACAUGUACAGGUACAAAUUUACUGCAGUGAUGUGAAUAAAACGAACUUGAAGCCAUAA